GUGAGCGAACGAGUGCAGAACAGAACAACUCCACAAAGAGAAGAGAGAGGUGGAUAGUUCCCUUUGCAAGGAAAGAAAGAGAAGAAAAUCAAGCCUUUCAGAAUACAUUACCAACUGAGGACAGGACUUAUUUCUAGCCCUGUUUUAUGUUGUAACAGUGAGGUUUCUUUCUCAUUCUACGAGAGCCUACACACUGAUUGUAAAAAACUUGUACUGUGUAGUAGGAAUUGGGGUAUUUGCAGAGAGAAGGAGAAAGAAAGAGAAAAGGCUUUUUUGGAGCCAGGUUUUGAGAAGCAGGAGGCUGCAGUCGUGGAGAUCAUGCCCGGUAGAGGAGCUUGUUCUGGGGCAGGCGUGGGGAGGUUGCCUGGGUACUGGGUGUGUGUGCUGGUUCUCUGUGCCCUGGUGACAGGCUAUGUCAGCGCGUGCCCUGCCCUGUGUACCUGCAGUGGCACCACGGUGGACUGCCAUGGGCUGGGCAUCAAAACCAUGCCCCGGAAUAUACCCCGCAACACAGAGAGACUGGAGCUGAAUGGGAAUAACCUCACACGCAUCACCAAGAGUGACUUCUCUGGACUCAAGUACCUCCGUGUGCUACAGUUGAUGGAGAAUCAGAUUGGAGCGAUAGAGCGUGGAGCGUUUGAUGACAUGAAGGAGCUGGAGAGACUGCGCCUGAAUAGGAACCAACUGCAGCAGCUUCCGGAACUUCUGUUUCAGAAGAACCCUGCACUUUCACGUCUAGAUCUGAGUGAGAACAACAUCCAGUCCAUCCCCAGGAAGGCUUUCAGAGGAGCUACAGACAUCAAGAACCUUCAGUUGGAUAAGAACCACAUUGGCUGCAUCGAGGACGGAGCCUUCAGAGCACUGAGGGGCCUGGAAGUACUGACUCUGAACAACAACAACAUCAGCAGCAUCCCAGUCUCCAGCUUCAACCACAUGCCAAAACUACGUACCUUCCGUCUCCACUCCAACAAUCUGCACUGUGACUGUCACCUCUCCUGGUUGGCCCAGUGGUUAAGACAAAGGCCUACAAUUGGUCUGUUCACUCAGUGUACAGCUCCAGCCCCGCUUAGAGGACUCAACGUGGCCGAGAUACAGAAACAUGAGUUUACCUGCUCAGGUCACUCAGAGAGCUCCGGCUUGCAGCCCUGCAGCCUAGGAGGAGGUUCGUGCCCUGCCAUGUGUACCUGUAGUAACAAUAUUGUGGACUGCAGAGGAAAAGGCCUCACAGCUAUACCAGCCAACCUUCCUGACACCAUGGCUGAGAUUCGUCUGGAGCAGAAUGGGAUCAAGUCAGUUCCUCCUGGAACCUUCUCUCCAUACAAGAAGCUGCGCAGGAUAUUUCCCUUUUCACUGUGCACUCCCUCUAGAGAUCUCAGUAAUAACCAAAUAUCAGAAAUAGCUCCUGAUGCUUUCCAGGGUCUGAGAUCCCUCAACUCACUAGUCCUAUAUGGGAAUAAGAUCACGGAGCUUCCCAAAGGAGUGUUCGACGGACUAUAUGCCCUGCAACUACUGUUGUUGAAUGCCAAUAAGAUCCACUGUGUUCGGGCCAAUGCCUUCACAGACCUGCAGAAUCUCUCUCUACUGUCUCUGUAUGACAACAAGAUACAGACUGUGGCCAAGGGCACCUUCGCAUCCCUCAGAGCUAUACAGACGCUUCACCUGGCCCAGAACCCGUUUAUCUGUGACUGUAACCUGAAGUGGCUGGCAGACUACCUGCGCUCCAACCCAAUAGAGACCAGCGGUGCCCGCUGUGCCAGCCCCAGACGUUUGGCCAACAAACGCAUCGGGCAGAUCAAGAGCAAGAAGUUCCGCUGCUCUGCCAAGGAACAAUACUUCAUCCCUGGCACCGAGGACGUUCGUCUGAAUAAUGAGUGUAACAGUGAUCCAGUCUGUCCUCCUAAAUGUCGCUGUGAGUCCAACGUGGUGGACUGCUCCAACCUACGUCUCAAUAAGAUACCAGAACACAUCCCUUCCUCUACCACUGAACUUCGUCUGAACAACAAUGAUAUCAGUACACUGGAGGCUGUAGGAGUCUUCAAGACCCUCUCUCAGCUCAAAAAGAUUAACCUUAGCAAUAAUAAGAUCACAGAGAUCGAAGAUGGGGUGUUCGAGGGGGCGGGGUCAGUCAAUGAGCUCCACCUCACCGCCAAUCAGCUGGACUCUGUCCGCAGUGGAAUGUUCAAGGGACUGGAGGGACUACGCAUGCUAAUGUUGAGGAACAACAAGAUCAGCUGUAUCCAUAACAACAGCUUCACUGGCCUGUACAACGUUCGCCUGCUGUCUCUCUAUGACAACCAGCUAACUACCAUCACCCCUGGAGCCUUCGACACCCUGCAAACACUGUCUACACUUAACCUCCUUGCUAACUCCUUCAACUGUGACUGUCGUCUGGCCUGGCUUGGUGAUUGGCUGAGAAGCAGGAAGAUCGUCACGGGCAACCCUCGAUGCCAGCGCCCCGCCUUCCUCAAGGAGAUCCCACUACAGGACGUGGCAGUGCCUGACUUCCGCUGUGAAGAGGGUGUGGAGGAGACGAGCUGUGUGCCCAGGCCUCAGUGUCCCAGUGAGUGUACUUGUCUGGAGACCGUAGUACGCUGCAGUAACAAACACCUCCGUGCGCUGCCCAAAGGCAUCCCCAGAAACGUCACCGAGCUGUAUCUAGACGGGAACCAGUUCAGCGUGGUGCCAAAGGAACUGUCUACCUUCAAAUACCUCCAGUUAGUGAUCCUGAGUUACAACUCUCUGCGCUGCAUCCCCAGUCUGGCCUUUGGUGGACUACGCUCUCUUCGACUACUGUCUCUCCAUGGCAACGAGAUCUCCGAGCUUCCUGACGGCAUCUUCAGUGACGUGGCCUCUCUGUCUCACCUGGCAAUUGGUGCCAACCCUCUGUACUGUGACUGCCGUUUACGCUGGCUGUCUGAUUGGGUGAAGACGGGAUACAAGGAGCCUGGCAUUGCCCGCUGUGCCGGACCGACGGGCAUGGAGGGCAAGCUGCUGCUCACCACCCCUGCCAAGAAGUUUGAGUGCCACGGUGAGGUGGACAGUGGCGUCCUGGCCAAGUGUAACCCGUGCCUGUCCAGUCCGUGUGUCAACCAGGGGAUCUGUCACAGUGAUCUGGUGGAGAUUUACAGGUGCAGCUGUCCUCCUGGAUUCAAGGGUAGGAACUGUGAGACUGCUCUGAACGUCUGUGUCAGUAACCCCUGUGCCAAUGGGGGCACCUGCCAACUAAACGAGGAGGAGGAGGAGGCAUACAGCUGUGCCUGUCCCCUUGGUUUUGAAGGUCCUACCUGCCAGACCAACAUGGAUGACUGUGAAGAUAACGACUGUGAAAACGGAGCUAACUGUGUAGAUGGUGUCAACAACUAUACCUGCCUCUGUCCUCCUUACUACACCGGGGAGAUGUGUGAGGAGAUGGAGGAUGUGUGUGCUCCAGGUGUCAGUCCGUGUCAACACCAGUCUACCUGUCUCAUCAGCUCUACUGGACCUCAGUGUGUGUGUUCUCCGGGCUACGUUGGUGAUGACUGCAGUGUGGACUAUGAUGACUGUGAGGAGAAUCGCUGUCAGAACGGAGCUCAGUGUGUCGACCAACUCAAUGGAUACUCCUGCUCCUGCCCCGACGGCUACAGUGGUCAGUUGUGUGAGGUGCCCUCCUCACCGCGGUCUCUAUGUGACAUGGCAGACUGCCAGAACGAUGCCCCGUGUGUGGAACGGGCAGGCCGGGCACUGUGCCAGUGUCUCCCUGGGUUCGGAGGGCCUCGCUGUGAGAAGCUGGUCAGUGUGAACUUCGUAGACAGAGACUCCUACCUGCUGCUCUCUGACCUCAAGAACUGGCCCCAGGCUAACAUCACACUGCAGGUGUCGACAGCGGAGGACAACGGUAUCCUGCUGUAUAAUGGGGACAACGACCACAUCGCCGUGGAGCUGUUCCAGGGUCACGUUAAGGUCAGCUACGACCCUGGCAGCCUGCCUGGACAUGCUAUCUACAGUACUGAGACGAUCAACGACGGUCAGUUCCACACGGUGGAGCUGGUGACCAUUGACCAGAUGGUGAACCUGUCCAUCGACGGGGGUCUCCCCACCACCAUGGAUAGCCUGAGGGGGGUCCGGCCCCUCAACGGGGAGGCUCCGCUAUACGUGGGGGGUAUGCCCGUGGACGUCCACUCGGCGGCCUUCCGGCUCUGGCAGAUCCAGAAUGGCUCCAGUUUCCACGGCUGCAUCCAGAACCUGUAUAUCAACAAUGAGCUGCAGGACUUCACUAAGACCCAGAUGAAGCCGGGCGUGGUGCCGGGCUGUGAACCUUGUAGGAAGAUCUACUGCCUGCAUGGUAUCUGCCAGCCGGACGGGGCACAGGGACCAGUCUGCCACUGCCAGCCGGGCUGGAACGGACCACACUGUGACCAGCCGGCCACCAACCCAUGCCAGGGCAGCAAGUGUGUGCAUGGCAAGUGUAUUCCCCUGGACCUGCAGUCGUACCGCUGUGAGUGUGUGGAGGGUUACCGUGGUGCCCUGUGUAACCAGCAGGGGGAGCUGUUUAACCCCUGCCGCAGCCAUAACUGUAAACACGGGCGCUGCCAGAUCUCUGAUACAGGAGAGGCCUACUGCCACUGUGAGGCCGGAUACACCGGAGAGCUCUGUGAUGCAGAGUCAGAGUGUCGAGGGGAGCCUGUGAGGGACUUCUACCAGGUGCAGCGUGGGUACACCAUCUGUCAGACCACACGCAUGGUCUCCUGGGUAGAGUGCUCCGGCGCCUGCGACACAGGUGCCUGCUGUGCCAGCCAGCGAAUGAAACGCCGGAAAUACACCUUUGAGUGCAGCGAUGGAACCUCGUUCAGCGAGGAAGUGGAGAAGACCAUCAAGUGUGGCUGCGUGGGCUGCAUGUAGCACGCUUCACACAAACCUGCUACCGCCACCACCGAGCGCACCAGAGGGAGAGCGAGAAAGCGAGAGCGAGAGCGAGAGCGAGAGCGAGAGCGAGAGAGAGAGAACCGGAGAGGAGGAAGAAGUAAGAGAACAAGAGAGUAUAAAGAAAUAUAUAUAAAAACCUCUAUCUAUAUAUUAUGGACAACAAUGUUUGUAAAAUAGGACAUUUCCUCCCCUUCCAUGGCUGUGCGACAUACAGAAACACAGAGAAAACAAACAUCAACAACAACAACAACAUGGAGAAGUGUGAACAACAACAACAACCAAACCAUUGUAUCUGCAACAUUGUUUUGAAGGGUUCUAGAGAUGCAAAGGUGUUGCAUUCAGAGCCAGACAUCAACCCCUCAUACACACCUGGUCUAAACCGUUGGCCCCUUGGCUCAUCCAUCCAUUAGGCCUCAGAUAGCGUAAGCACCCUCUGCUUUCUUUGCUUCCUGAAGGCAGUAUGUGUAAUAUGACGUCCGGCCUGGUCAGGGUGGCAGGAGGGAAGAGGUACAGAGAUAUAAAAAAAAACGACAGAGGGAGGAUAGUAGAGUUGGGUUGUAGUUAAGUUUGGUUAGGCAGGGCAGGACAGGACUGGGCUGAGCAGGAGUUGGGCUGGAACUGGACUGUAGCUGGUGUGGGCUGGUAUAAGCUUGCCUGGACUGUAACUGAGUUGAGCCGGGUUAGGUCGGGUUUAGAUGGGCCAGAUUGUAGUUGAGCUGUGCUGAGCAGAGCUGGGGCUAGGUCGGGCUAUAUCUGGGCUAGGCCGAUUUCUUAUUGGACUAUCCUGGAGUUUUCAGAACAAGAAAUGUCCAUUCUUUUCAUUACUGAUAAGACCACUGCACUGAAUACCAGCACUGAGAAUCACAGUCAUUUGCCCUUCACAGCACAUACACACAACAUGCACGCAUGCACCACACUAGAGGACAUUCUUGUCUGAGCAGAAGGGUCGUUCCAUUAGAAGCAGUCAGAAGGGGCUGUCUGAUACACAUUGUGAGGCAGGUAGACCUUCCAUUCCCCUACAGUAGGCUAUAAGCUAUACCCCCACCUGGAGCAGGCAGUACCCGGUGGAGACCAAUCCCCCAGCAUGCAUUGCAUCAGGAUGAUUUGCAUAAGCCCUCCCCCUUUGAGCAGGAGGAUGAUUAGGCCCCUCCCCUCAAUGCCUGCAGUAUUAAAUGUGUGCAAACUGUUGCAUGUGAGAAGUUUGCAAAUUGAUAUGUAGAGCUUUUUAUUAUGUUUAUUAUUACGGAACAAAAAGGUUCAGAAUAUUUGUUUUGUUACGUCUAAUUUCAAUUAUUUGUUUUGCAUUGUUUUGUUUUUAUUUGUUAUUAUAUUUUGUUUUCUGAUGUAACCUAACACCUUUAGCCCUCUCUUUAUACAGAAAUGCCUAACAGAUUCUAAUAUAUAUAUUUGUAUUUCAUUUUGGUAUAGUAUUUUUAUAUGUUAAAGAGUAAAUCUUUGUUUUCUGGAAGCUUCUAUUGGAACAGGCAGGAUGGCAUUUGAUUGGUUCCCUAGCUGUUUUUAUUUGUUUAUUUCACUUGCUCAAACAAGGUAGUUUGUAAUUGUCCAAAACAAGGUAGUGAAUGGUUGGCCUUGUUGUGUAGGCAGCAGUAUUGAUGUAGAAACAUGUUUAAUAUUGUAUAUGUUGUCUUCCAUGUGAAUAUGACAUCUAAUUCAUUUGAAAGUCUGUGUGCUGUUUGUUUUAUUUUGUAUUUAUUUUAUCUUAAAGCUUUUUCCUGUAGAGUAUAAAAGGCAUAAUAAUUGUUGCUGAUUUUCAAAAAAUAAAAAUAAAUAAAAAAGUUAAAAUAAAAACUAGUGUAACAAAAAAAAGCUGUAAGGUAUUUGUGACAUCACUUAAUAGCCAGUUAUGACAGUAUUUCCUACCCUCUGGCUCAGACACAUUCCUCAUUGGCUGUUGGGCCCGAGUGGGUGGAGUUAAAAUGCAAAUGAGUGGGCUGCCCCUCCCACUCUGAAAUACAUUUUUCCUGUAUUUACUAUACCAUACUCUGAAAUAUUGUGAAAGGGUUCUGAUCGUCUUGUGUUGAUUUUGUUUAAGUAUUAGGCUGAAUUUCUGUCAUUUUAAAUUGGGGACAUUUUCCGUGGUAGAAGUAAUUAUAAGAUAUAAGUGAAAGUCUGCUGUAGGAAGCUUACUUAUUGUGGAUGUUCACAAAGAUGGUGUCUACAUUUUGCCUGCAUUAAAUUGGUGCUGCCAUCUUAUCAUUGUACUGUGGUGGGAGGUGAAAAGAUGGUGAGGCCAUGGGCUGAAUGACAGCAAACUGUAGACCUGCCAUCUUUCUGUACAUUUACCAUUGGAUCCACUUACCGCAAUCCUAUUUUAACAUGCACAGAUAAUGCCUGGAUUCAAUCUGUAUCGCUGAAGUUCAGCGUUAUAAGAUGAUUGAAAUUUAAAGGCAAUGUUCCCGCGUUAGCAGACUGCAUUCACGGUAAAUGAAUGUAGCCCUAGAUGUCCCCAUUCUGACUGGCUAUAGAACACGAAUCAGAGAUGAAAAGGUGCCAAUCGCAGAGUAGAACAGUCCAACCUGAAUGUAUAAAUGUGUAUAAAUAUGAAUUGAGCUCACUCCUGAAGCGGUAUGGUUCAGCUGUUAUCCUGUUUAGUUUCCAGUAUAAAGAGACCACAUCCUCUUUGUUUUCUAAGUGGGAGACCUACAGGACGGGUUUCCUGCGGAGUAGGAUGAAGUUGCCCCUAGACACAGUUCUGUGGUCAGUUUGGUGGUUUUCCCCACUAAUGAUUAAGGUAAAGCUUUGGGGACGGAAAGCUGAUCCUAGAUCUAUGCUUAAGAACAACUUCUACCCAGAGCGUCCUGUUGCAGUGGACUCCUUGUUUGCCCCAAUGUUAACCAUGUCUUAUAUAUCCCUGAGGUUAUCCUAUGGUGUCCACAUUGUAUGAUAUUGAUGAACUGUCAUCCUUUAGCUUAACGUUUAGCUCGAUGCAGAUUUCAACAUGAGUUUAUCACAGCUCUCACAAAAAGGACUUUCAUACUUGCAAACAUGGAUAUUGAUCAUCGCAAUUCGGCCGGAUUGCAUUCAUUCUAGGGUGAAACCUGUAAAGACUCAUCCACCAUCCGCGAGAGAACUGUACUCCGUAUCAUGUCAUUGUGAAAAACGCAGCGUCUCUGUUGUAUUGAACUGGUUAAAAAAAGAAGAAAAAAGAAGAAAAAGUAUAAUAAUUCUCUGGUCUGUUUCCUACAGAUGUGCUACUUCUGUUGCUUUGGUUGUGUUCCGUCGCAGGUGUGAUUGAACUGAAGUCCCAGUGAUGCUGAAUGUAUGUAGUAUCUAUCGAUCUAUCUUUAUCUAUCGCCACCGACAAAAUGUUUACUGAACCCCCUCCACUUUUCAUUCAUUAAACUUUAAUGUGUGUGCUUUUAA